AAUUGCUCGUUACCAAUGCCUGUCAAUGCAUCUCACCGCAGUGACACUGUACGGCGUGUUCACCAACCACUACUCUGUGAAUGGCCCGUCUCGCUGUCUCCUGCUGGAGCUGCUGGACAUCAGCGUGUCCGAGCUGCUGCUGCACUCCAGCAACCAGGGCUGCUCCAUGUGGAUGAUCCAGCACUGCGCCCGAGAUGUUCUGGAAGCCCUGGCAUUCCUACACCACAAAGGCUACGUGCAUGCAGACCUCAAGCCACGCAACAUCCUGUGGAGCGCAGAGGAGGAGUGCUUUAAGCUCAUUGACUUUGGACUUAGCUUCAGAGAGGGGAAUCAGGAUGUGAAAUAUAUUCAAACAGACGGGUAUCGGGCUCCAGAGGCAGAAUUGCAGAACUGCCUGGCGCAGGCAGGGCUCCAGAGUGAGACAGAGUGUACUUCUGCUGUGGAUCUGUGGAGUCUGGGAAUUGUUUUACUGGAAAUGUUCUCAGGAAUGAAACUGAAACAUACAGUCCAAUCUCAGGAAUGGAAGACAAACAGUUCUGCCAUCAUUGAUCGCAUAUUUGCCAGUGAAGGGGUGGUAAAUUCAGCCAUUCCAGCUUAUCACCUCAGAGACCUUAUCAAAAGCAUGCUUCAUUGUGACCAAGGAAAGCGAGCCUCCGCUGAGAAGGCUUUAUGCAGCCCGUUCUUCAGCAUUCCCUUUGCUCCCCAUAUCGAAGAUUUGGUGAUGCUCCCCACACCUGUGCUGAGGCUGCUGAAUGUUCUAAGUGAUGCUUCUCUGCAGUGUGAAGAAGAAUAUGAAGAUAUCCUGGAAGACAUAAGGGAGGAGUGUCAGAAAUACGGACCGGUGGUUUCCUUGCUUAUUCCAAAGGAGAAUCCUGGUAAAGGCCAAGUCUUUGUUGAAUAUGCAAAUGCUGGUGAUUCCAAAGCUGCCCAAAAAAUGCUGACUGGAAAGAUUUUUGAUGGCAAGUUUGUUGUGGCUACGUUUUACCCACUGAGUGCCUAUAAGAGAGGAUACCUGUACCAAAACUUGCUGUAGGCAGUAGCAACAAUCAGGAGAGUUGUCUUGCUCCUCUUCCUCACGUGUUUUACAGUUGAAUGUACAAAAGAGCUUCCUAGCCCUGCUUUCGAGUCAUCUGUGAAGGAGAGAUGCAAAGGACUUAACUGGGCUUUGAAACCUUUACUGCUGCUUUGUGAUGUGCUGAGGAGGCCGGGAUGGCUUUCAGCGUGUGCUUGUGUGUGUGUUGUGCUUGCUCGUUUACAUUGGGUGUGUGGCUUUGCCCCAGCGGGUGCUCGGGUGGCAGGAGUGGUGACUCUGGGAGGCCGAGCAGAUCUUGGCAAGCACUUUUAAGUGAUUUGAAAUGAGAACAUUUAAAGUCUUGGCCUUAGCACUUGGCUUUGCUCUGGAGAGAGGAUUUCUUUGCUAAGCUUUCCUGUAAUGCACGUGCUCUUCUCCGGUGCGGAGGAGGAAGGCUUCCCUGCCUCUUGUUGAUAUCUAUGGUAAAUAAAGAACCAGAAGCACCAUCCUCUCUAAACUAGACCAGGAAGACUUUAGAGUCUUCACAUCAUGCAGAGCAGAGAGAGGCAGUGAAAUCAGAUGUGCUGAGCCAACAGCAUUACCCUGUUGCUGCCUUGUGACCCGAGGAGAGCCAUCUGCCUGACCUGGCACAGGUGGCGUGCUGGGCUUAGGCAGUGUGGGUGAUGCUGCCUGCAGUGAGCUGAACUCGCUUGUAUGCCUGGGGUGGGCAGGGGCUGACGGCGGAUACAUGUCGUCGGAGCAGCGCCAGCCUCAGUCCCAACACAACCUGUAAGCACUUUGUAGCCUGAGGCGAUGUGAAAACCCUGUCGUGUGGAGUCAUCUUUCUAGCAUAUACCUUGUGCUGGCACCGAUGCUCCCUAGCUCUGAUGCCAAAUCAUCUGUAAUACGUAAGCGUCUUUAGGUGAUAUUUUAGGAAAGGAGUGCUACAGCACGCAGUAUUCUUUGUGUCUCAGCAGGACUCCCGCCCUGCGAGUCUUAUAAGAAAGAACAAGUAUUUGUCUGUCGUAGGUCCCAUGCUUGGCUUUUCUGUGAUGUGCGUUUUGGUUUUGCAUUAACCCAUAAGACUUACAGAUUAGAAGCACUGACACUUUUGGUCCUUCAUAGAUUACACAAAGGGCCUGAGGCAAUCUGAGAUCCUGUAUGGAAAGGGGCUCACUCAGUUAUCAGACUUGACUGGCCAGGAGACGGUCUUUCUCUGUGUCAGGGACAGCAGCCAUGUGCUUUUUGGGGAA